UCACCAGGCACAACCGUGGGCUCCGAGUCAACUGGGAUGACCGCUGGCACUGGGUCAGACAUUGGAUCGUCUGGCUGGACAGCGGGCAUCGGGUCACCAGGCAUCAGGUCAUUUGGCUCGACAGCGGGCACCGCGUCAUCUGGCAAGGCAGUGGGCUCCGAGUCAACUGGUAUGACCGCGGGCACUGGGUCAGACAUUGGAUCGUCUGGCUGGACAGCGGGCACUGGGUCACCAGGCAUCAGGUCAUUUGGCUCGACAGCGGGCACCGCGUCAUCUGGCAAGGCAGUGGGCUCCGAGUCAACAGGCACGACAGUGAGCACCGGGUCAUCAGGUACCGGAUUGUCUGGCUCGACAGCGGGCAUCGGGUCACCAGGCAUCAGGUCAUUGGGCUCGACAGCGGGCACCGGAUCAGGUACCGGAUCAUCUGGAUCAACAGCGGGCAUCGAGUCAACUGGCCUAAUAGGAUCGUCAGGCUGGAUCAGUUCAUCAUGCUGGGUAGAGGCAUCAGGCUGAAUGCCGGCGUCCGGCUGAGUAGAGGCUUCAGGCCGAGUAGAGGCUUCAGGCUGAAC